UCGGGACGAUUUGAUCGCGAAACGUGGGUUUCAACCCUUAAACUCCAAAACGAACCUGUGAUAGACUGUCUGACAAACCCAACGUGAUUGAGUUCGACUGAGGGCAAGGAAGGCAAGAAAUCACCCCCGCAAGCAGUGCUACGCAAGGAAAAUUCCAAUAGGAAGAAUAGGCUGACGACUAAGAGAAAUCAAGGUUAAUGAACCGGACAACGCUGUUCCUUCUUGCAGCUACGCUGUUAUUAGUGAUAGCGAAUAAUGAUAUUGAAGUUAUCCCAAUUAAAACACCACUUCUCCCCUUCCGCUUAGGAAAUGCUCGAAUAAUUCAACAUCAACAUACAUUUUUGCAUUUUGUAGAAACAUCUCAACUUUUUAAUCAAUUACGUAAUUUAGAAUACGCUUACGCUGUAAUCUCAAAAUCAUUAAACUAUACAAAUAAACAUAAUUAUCAGAAUGUACACUAUAUUAAUGGAAAUAAUUUACUUAAUAAUGUUCGAUAUUUAAUUACUCAAGUAAAAUUUAAACUUGGUAACAUAAAACCUAAUAACCGUACAAAAAGAGGUUUAAUAAAUGUAGGUAAAUUAUCGAAAUGGCUUUUUGGCACUCUCGAUUCAGAGGAUGGACAAAAAUACGAUAAAAUUAUCACAGAACUUGUGCGUAGUAAACAUUCAUCUGACAUCCAACUAAAAAAGCAAACCUCGUUGAUUCAACAGCUGAUUGACAACUAUAAUGAUACUAUAACACUUCUACAGAAAAAUCAAGAAGCUAUUAAAAAACAUAUAGACAUUUUUGAAUAUAAUUCAAAUAAAACUAUUACUGACAUAACUACUUUCAUUAAAGCUCAAAAUACACUAAAGCAAAUUAUUCUAAAUUGCCAAAGUUUUAUAACUUUUUUGGAUAAUUUAGAAAAUGCCAUUACAUUUGCGAAAUUAAACACAUUACAUCCUGUAGUAAUAUCGGCGGCUGAAUUAGAACAAAUAAUUUUUAAAUUGACUGUUCUCUAUGGUGAUGAUCAAAUUCUAAUUUUUGAAAAUCAAAAUAAUUAUUAUCAGUUAGCAAACUUACAAGUUAAAUUUACAAAAGAUAAAAUAAUUUUUGCCGUCCAUAUUCCGAUUUUUCUUAAAGAUAUUUUUGAAAUAUUCCACCUGUUCCCAGUACCUGUGAAUCACUCCUUAAUUAUACCUAAUUCACCCUACCUAAUAUUGGGCACUGACAUGCAACAAUAUCAAGAAUCAAUCUGCCCAAUCAUUGAAGACACCUACGUUUGCGAAAAUCAACUUACCCAGCCCAUCGGUGAUUGUGUGACAACCCUCAUUAAAUAUGCCGAAAACAAAAAUUGCCACGUAGUCAAUGUAAAUGUUUCAACGCAUAUAAUACGACCAAUCACUAGUAGAUUUGUUUUGAUAAUACCAUCGGAACAGAAACUUAAAUUACAAAUGAAUUGUCAAAACAAAGAAAUAGCUUUUAUUGAAGAAGCCUGCCUAAUCAAUGUUCCAUAUAAUUGUGGUAUAAGUACCCAAAAUACUGAGCUUUGGAAUAAAGAAGAAAUUUUUAAAGCAAACCCAUUCUCACUGCCACCCAUUAAAAUUGAAAAUAUGGAACAUCACGAUGUAAAGUACCAGCCACUCCAACUACAAUCGAUUGAUCUCAAUACGAUCAAAAAACUACUGCUGCGAAAUCAUCGAUCCCCGACAUUGGUUAUGAAAUUCAUCCAGUCACUUGGAGUCUCGCCACUUCAACAGGAAUCAUGUUUAUUUUAAUCUUGUUAAUAGUUAUAGCAUGGAAAAUCUACAAGAGCCAUUUGCUGCAAGAUUCCAAGAAAACCAAGAACGACUAGUCUUCCGAAAACAACCCUUCGUCCCUGUUGUUUUCCACUUCGGAGGGAGGAAUUAUGUGAUAGAAUAUGCUGAUGAAAUGCUAGCUUCAGUA